AUGACUUUUUCCAUUCUUAACCUGGCGAACUCGAGAGGCGUCUUAUUUGCAACUGAUACCAACCAUAUGCACACGGAGAUGUCUAAGACGGAUAGCAAAGAUGAAGUGCUCUACAUUACCGAACGUGAAUUCUGGGACGAUAUCAAGGAUGACUACAUUCAACGAAUAGCUAUGAUGGAUCCCAACGAUGUAUACCCGUCGAACAAUCCAGGUCCAACUAAACCAGACGGAUCUAUCAAUUUCGAGUGUCAUUGUGUCGGGCAUCUUGUUGCUAGUCCCUGUGGAUAUGAAUUCAGACGCUGUCACUUGUCCCGAAGUCCAUCUGACGGCACGGAAGAAUAUGAAGCGGGUGCAUGUGGGGACCAGUUGAUAGCGUUUAUGGAAUGUGCCAUGCGGACACAAUGCUUCAAGACCAUACCCAAGGACGACGAACCCAAAGAUGGCGAAGGCGAUGGAUGA